AUGGAGAAUCAGGACCGCAAAGUUGUCAUUUUUUACGGAUCUCAAACAGGAAAUGCAGAAGAAUAUGCCAAGCGAUUAGGCAAAGAGUGCAAGAAACGUUACGGUAUCGAUUCACUUGUGGUUGACCUGGAGCAAUGCGACAUGAAGUGCUUGGAUAAGCUCCCAGAAGACAGCCUGGCUAUAUUUGUAGUAGCUACAUACGGUGAAGGAGAACCCACAGACAGCACCCUCCCCUUCUGGGAUCUCCUGCAUUCAAGCUACCCCACGUUUACUGGUCUUCCGGAUGACAAACCACUAAAGAACCUCCACUAUAUGAUGUUUGGACUUGGCAACAGCACCUAUAACUUCUUUAAUGAGGCUUCCCGAGCUUUGGAUAAAAAGUUGACAGGUCUUGGUGCCACUCGUAUCGGAGAGCGUGGUGAAGGCGAUGACGAUAAUGCUUUAGAGGAUCACUAUGUCGAGUGGGAGACACACGCUUGCCCUUUGAUCAAGGAGGCUGUCGGUGCCUCUGAAUCAUCAGACAAUUCUAUUAUGAGCGAAUACAUUGUGGAAGAAGAAGAAAUCGAACCUGAAUAUAUAUACCACGGGCAACUCGGAAACCGGGAUCAAACUACCUUUGACAUUAAAAACCCAUUUCUUGCCCCAUUUACUUCCAAGGAUCUGAUUCACGACUCUAACCGGCACUGUCUCCACCUGGAAAUUGACAUCUCUGGAUCCAACUUUGUUUAUGAAACUGGUGAUCAUCUUGGAAUCUGGCCAACAAACAGUGAAGACGCAGUCGAGAAAACCUCCAGACUCUUUGGAUUAAAGAACAAGCUAAACAAAGCCAUAUCGAUCAAAGCCAGAGAUAUUCAUGCAGCCAAACAGUCUCCUUUCCCUUCGCCUACAACUUACAUUGCAAUGCUUAGACAUUAUGUUGAUAUUAACCAGUGUCCUUCUCGUCAGGUCCUGGCUGGACUUGCUCCUUACGCCCCUACUCCUCAGGCCAAACUUAUGCUCAACAAGCUAGUGAGCAACAAAGAAGAGUAUGCCCGAGUUGUAUUGGAUUCCGCCCGUAGUCUCGCAGAUGUACUCGAAUACACUCUAGCAGAAUCUGAAACGCUGACUUUCGGUGCUGUUCCUCCCGAAGUUUUAGUCGAAUGUUUCAAUCGUCUUCAGCCACGCUACUAUUCUAUAUCUUCCUCGUCCACAGAAAGCCCCGACAAUAUUAGCGCAACUAUUGUUACCCUGGAGUAUAAGCCUAAAGGAACACCAGAUCGAUCAGUGUAUGGCGUCAACACUAACUAUCUUUGGGCUGCCCAUUGUUUACUAAACAAUGAAGUUGCUGCAACACAUCUUCCUAAAUAUUAUGCAAGUGGUCCCUUGGGUCUCUACCGUGAUCCCGAAACCAAAGCUGUCAAGAUUCCUAUCCAUGUUCGUCGCUCUGGGUUCAAGCUUCCGGAUGAUGCUGCAAAACCUGUGAUCAUGAUUGGCCCUGGUACUGGUGUUGCUCCUUUCCGUGGAUUUGUGCGUGAGCGUGUCCAACAAAAGGAACAAGGAUGCGACGUUGGUACCACACUUUUGUUCUUUGGUUGUCGUCGGUCUGACGAAGAUUUCUUGUACAGUGACGAGUGGGAUGGCCUGUUCAAGACUCUUGGGGGUGAUUCACGCUUGAUUACUGCAUUCUCCAGAGAGACUAGCAAAAAGAUCUAUGUUCAAAAUCGGUUGGAAGAAAAUGCCGAGCUUAUUUGGGACCUUUUGGUCAAUCAAGAGGCUUAUUUGUACGUUUGCGGCGAUGGCAAGCAUAUGGCCAAAGAUGUUCAUCAGGCUAUUCUUGAACUUGCCAAACGUUUUGGUAACCAUGAUGAAGAAGGAGCCGCUCAAUUUGUAGAGCAUUUGAGAAAAGAAGCCAGAUACCAAGAAGAUGUUUGGGUUUAA